AGCGAGCCCAUGUCGGGUGACAACUUCGCCGCCGCGCAGUCGCGCCUCGCCUCAGUCCUAGAGGAGGGCGUGCGGGCCGACGGGCUGGCGGGCGCCGCCUUUGUCGACAGCGUUGUCGCCGCCGUCAGGGGCGCGGGCGCAAGCAGCGGCGAGGCGGCGACGAGCGGCGCAGAGGGGGCCAACGGCGCGGCGGCCAAGGCGGAGCCGCUCGACGCGGAGGAGCGGGGCACGCUCGAGCUGUCGAUGCGCAUCUUCCUCGAGCGUAAGUCGAGCGCCGGCGCGGCCGGCGCGCUGGUCGUCGCGCUGAUCGACCGGUCGAUUGAGCUGGCGACGGCGAGGGCGGCGGACCUGAACACGCCGUUCGCGUUGAUGGAGGACCUCUUCGACUCGCAGGUCAUCUCCGAAUCGGAGGCGCUCUUCCCGCAGAUCGAGCAGCGCGGCGCGGCGCUCGCCAAGCUGAUGCGCUCGACCAACAACCGCGCCAAGCUGACCUUCAUCCGCACCUGCAACGAGCUGCUCCGCCGGCUCUCAAAGUCGAAGAACACCAACUUUUGCGGGCGCGUGCUGCUGCUCAUGGCGUACAUGCUCCCGCUCUCGGAGCGCUCCGGUGUCAACCUCAAGGGCGCGAUGGCCCCCUCCGACCUCGAGCUCCAGCCCGACGAGGCGGCAGACGACAAGCAGGAGGGGAGCGCGGCGGAGGACGGGUCGCUGUACGCCUCCUUCUGGGGGCUGCAGGCCGCCUUCGCCGACCCCGCCGCCGCCGUCAAGCCAGAGUCAUGGGCCACUCUCGUCUCGCGCCUCGAGACCGUGCUGCAGGAGGCGGCCGAGAAACUGCGCGCGCGCGCCUUCGAGCUGUUCGCCGGCAUCGCACCCAACGGCCCUCUCUUCGCGGCGGCGCUCGAGCGGCUCCUCGUGCGGGAGCGGCACUGGCUCGAGUGGAAGCGCGACGGCUGCGCCGCCUUCGACCGGGCCGCCACCGAGGCGGAGAGCGCGCCGCUGGCGGCGGGCGGCGCCAAGAAGCGGCGCAGCGGCGCGGCGGCGCGCGCGGGCGGCAAGCGGCAGCAGCUGGGCAACUCGGAGCUGUCUCGGCUGUGGAACUUGGGCGACAACUCGCUCGCGUCGAUCGCCGCGGAGGGGAACAAGCAGGCGGUGCCGAGCCUGUCUGCGUACCUGCAGCCGCUCGUCGAGCAGCUCGACCCCGAGGCGGGGAUCGAGAAGGAGUACCUGCUCACCAACGACAAGGUCUGGAUGUGGAAGGCGUUGCGCCUGAUGAGCAAGAAGGACGUCUCCCUCCUCGGCAAGAUCUCGGCGCAGGGAGGGUCGAUGGAGGCGGCCGUCAACCACUUUGUCGAGAAGCAGAAGGGCAACGCCGGCGGCGAGGAGGGCGGAGAGGCCACCGCGAUGGAGACCGAGUGACCGGGUGGCGCACCGCGAGGGGCCGGUGGCUCUGACUCGAGCUCCACCCACGACUUGCCACGACCUCUCGGCCGCCGUCGGCGCACACGGCGGUCGCGGGGGGCGGGGGGGCUCAUAAAACUAUCCCCGACCCACUUGGAACUCCAGUACAGAGCGCCUUUUUGGCUCCAGACUCGGCUGUAUGUUCGGUAAGCGCUUAAAUUUCGUAGCGUCGUC